UAGCAAACUGUCUUCCAGGGUCCUCUGUGGGGGCGGGUUACGAAGGGGAUUCUGCGCAGUGAUUGGUUGCGGCACGAUAGGAACGUGACUUCAGGUAGUUGGAUAGUCCACGCCGGGCAGUGAUUGGUUGUCGAGAGGCGGGGCGACUCGACCACGGAAGAAGUAGCCGCCGCGGUGCGGAGAGCCAUGGGUCAGGCGGCCAAGGUUUUACAGCUCUUUAAAACAUUACAUAGGACCAGACAACAGGUUUUUAAAAAUGAUACCAGAGCGUUAGAAGCAGCCAGAAUAAAGAUAAAUGAAGAAUUCAAAAGUAAUAAAAGUGAAACUUCUCCCAAGAAAAUAGAAGAGCUAAUAAAAAUAGGUUCCGACGUUGAAUUGUUACUCAGAACAUCUGUUGUACAAGGUAUUCAUACAGACCACAAUACAUUGAAAUUGGUCCCUAGGAAAGAACUCCUUAUAGAAAAUGUGCCAUACUGUGAUGCACCAACUCAGAAAAAAUGAGUUUUCUAGGAUAAACUCAAGCUUUGUAGUUUUUAAUCUUAAAUAUAUAACUCUGGCAAAAGUUUUGGAAAUGGAAAUAUUCCUCUUAGAACUGGCCUGUUGAAAAUGAAUGAAGUAUUGCAUCAUAAUUAAAUUUCACAUUAAAUGAACAUUGCUGAAAACUGCAGAACAUAGUUAAAUAUUUCUAGACAGCAUUAGAUAAGAAGACCUGUAAUUUGCAUAUAAAAUCAAAGUUUAUAAAGUAAAAUGAACGCUUAGGGAGGCAUGUCAUACUCAUUUCUCUUUGACCUUGAUGAGUAUUUUAGUCUCACCAUAACUAAGAGUGCAGUGUUUUGACAAGUUGGUGGGUUUUCCUCCCAUGUGAAAUGAAACUGUUAGAUUAAAAUUAUUGGAUUAAAUUUAUGAUUAGUCCCACAAACCUUAAAUUAGUAAAAAAUCAUAGCAUAUACCAACUCUCUAUAGAAAGUGGCCUUUGUUUCCUGUAAAGCAUUGACAUUAUUUCUGUAAUUAUUCUAACAAAUAAUUAUACACUUUCAUUUCAGAGACAGAGUAUCUCUCUGUUCCUGUAAAGACAUUUUUUUUCAUAAGUCUUCUGAAGAUAGAUGAAUAAAAUAUCAAAAUCACCUAGGAUCACUGUGGAAUAAAUCCGAAUUUUUUUAGGAAGGAGUGACCCUUGAUCAAACUAUAUAAUAUAGCCUUAGUAGAAAUAGCUGUACUUAGACAUAGCUAGACUUUAUAAUGAAAAUGUAAUACAUGGCUCCAUUCUUUCCAUUUUAAUCAAUAAACUUAAAUGGCUUUUUUUUCCCCACAUGUUCCAUCCCUCCCUGACAAGAUUGGGAAUACCACAGAACAGUUUGUCAUUGUACCCUCUAAUGGUAGGAAUUAUAAAAUUGUAUUUAAUAAUCUUCUUGUUUUUCUUUUAUCUGUGUGUCUUUACCAUUCUGUGUUCUUAGUGAACAGUGUGUUCUUUCCUAAUUCCCUGAUAAGUUUUCCCAAUAACAAUACAGAGUUUUAAAUUUUUGCAAGAUUCUUUUUUUUCUUUAAUAUUUAUUUUUGAGAGAGAGCACAAACAGGGGAGGGGCAGAGAGAGAGAGAGAGAGAGAGGGCGAGUGAGAAUCCAAAAUUGAUUUUGCUCUGACAACAGGGCUCGAAUCCAUGAACUGUAAGAUCAUGAGCAGAGCUGAAACCAAGAGGCAGAUGCUUAAUCAACUGAGCUACCCAAGCACCCGUAAAAUUUUUGCAAGAUUCUUGAUGCAAGCUUUGUUUUUUGG